GCUCUCGGUUCCUCUCCUCCCUCUCUUCCCUCUCUCAUUUUCCAAAGUUGAAUAUUCCGCCUGCCUGGGAGCAGUCUGCCAGCGGAGCGCAGCCCCACUGCCUGAACGCACCGGGUUGGUGUCUGGUUCUUUUUUCCUGCGCUGCGCCGUUUGGAACAACACUUUGGGGAAGAAGCAGAAGAAGAAGGAGGAGGAGGAGAAGCAGAAGAAGAAGUCACAGUAUCCCUCCUCUUCUGUCCACACCUCUUUUUGUUUCUUCCAACUUUCAUUCCGGGCCACUUCCAAGAUGACAGAAGCAAAGGGCGCUCGGCGCGUAAAGCUGGUAACUGGCCAGCUUCUGUGGGAAUUGAUGUCACCUUCAGAUUGGUUUAACUGAAGAUGGAAACACUGGAGUCUGAGCUGACCUGCCCGAUCUGCCUGGAGUUAUUUGAAGAUCCCCUGCUCUUGCCCUGUGCUCACAGUCUUUGCUUCAACUGUGCCCACCGCAUCCUGGUGUCCCACUGCUCCACCAGCAAGCCCCUCGAGUCGAUCUCGGCCUUUCAGUGCCCAACGUGCCGUUACGUCAUCACGCUGAAUCACCGCGGGCUGGAGGGCCUUAAGCGCAAUGUGACGCUGCAGAACAUCAUUGACCGCUUUCAAAAGGCCUCCCUUAGUGGCCCCAACUCCCCUACUGAGAGCCGGCGCCUGCAGCCGCAGCGGCCCUACACCGCCACCAUUAGCGGUACAGUAGCUGGGACGGUUGGCGGCGGUGGUGGUGGCACGAGUGGAAGCAGCGCCCGCGGCAGCCCGGCCACUUCCAGCCACUCCCACCCGCACGCCAACCACACCAACCACACCAAUCACGUGAACCACACCAACGCCAACCACAGCCCGGUUGUCGUUGCCAAAAUGGAUCCACGCAUCAGCUGCCAGUUCUGCGAGCAGGAUCCGCCGCGGGAAGCCGUCAAGACGUGUGUCACGUGCGAGGUGUCGUACUGUGACCGCUGCCUGCGUGCGACACACCCCAACAAGAAGCCGUUCACCAGCCACCGCCUGGUGGAGCCGGUGCCAGACACGCACAUCCGUGGCCUGACUUGUCUGGAGCAUGAGAAUGAGAAGGUCAACAUGUACUGCCUGGUGGACGACCAGCUCAUCUGUGCACUCUGCAAGCUGGUGGGGCGCCACCGAGAGCACCAGGUGUCCUCGCUCACCGAGCGCUUUGACAAGCUCAAGGCUUAUCAGGUGAGCCCGGGCAGAGUGUCAGAUGCGGUAAUGGAGGCUUCAAAGACAAGCGCUGCGCAAACCCUGGAGAACAACCUGACCAACCUGGUGAAGAGGAACAGUGAACUGGAAAACCAAAUGGCAAAGCUCAUCCAGAUCUGCCAGCAGGUUGAGGUGAACACAGCCAUGCAUGAAUCUAAACUGGUGGAGGAGUGUGACGAGCUGGUGGAGAUCAUUCGCCAGAGAAAACAGGUCAUCGCUGUGAAGAUCAAAGAGUCAAAGGUGAUGAAACUGCGUAAGUUGGCCCAACAGAUCGCGAACUGUCGCCAGUGUCUGGAGCGUUCCAGUGCCCUCAUCACACAAGCCGAGCAGAGCCUGAAGGAGAACGACCACGCCCGCUUCCUCCAGACCGCCAGAAAUGUAGCCGAAAGGGUUGCCAUGGCGACGGCUUCCUCCCAGGUGCUCAUCCCUGACGUCAACCUGAACGAGGCCUUUGACAACUUUGCCCUGGAUUUUUCCAGAGAGAAGAAGAUUUUAGAAGGACUGGAUUAUCUGACAGCUCCAACCCCGCCGUCCAUAAGAGACGAGCUGUGCACCGCCUCCCAUGACACCAUCACUGUUCACUGGACGUCAGAGGACGAGUUCAGUGUCACCUCCUACGAGCUGCAGUACACCAUCUACACCGGACAGACUAAUUUCAUCAGUUUGUACAACUCGGCCGACAGCUGGAUGAUUGUACCGAACAUCAAGCAGAACCACUACACGGUGCACGGCCUGCAGAGCGGCACCCGGUAUAUCUUCUUUGUGAAGGCCAUCAACCAGGCAGGAAGUCGCAACAGUGAGCCGGCACGCCUCAAAACCAACAGUCAACCCUUCAAGCUGGACCCAAAGACGGCCCACAAGAAGCUCCGCCUGUCCAACGACUGUCUGACCAUGGAGAAGGACGAGAGCUCGCUAAAGAAGAGUCACACCCCCGAGCGCUUCAGUGGCACAGGCUCAUAUGGAGCAGCGGGUAAUGUCUUCAUUGACAGUGGGUGCCACUACUGGGAGGUGCUGCUGGGAGCCUCCACAUGGUAUGCCAUCGGCGUGGCCUACAAAUCAGCCCCAAAGAACGAGUGGAGCGGCAAGAACUCGUCCACGUGGGUGUUCUCUCGCUGCAAUAACAACUUUAUGGUGCGCCACGAUGGCAAGGAGAUGCUGGUGGAGGCGAGCCUGCAGCUGAGGCGGCUGGGCGUCCUGCUAGACUAUGACAACAACUCGCUGUCCUUCCACGACGCGAUGAACUCCCAGCACAUUCACACCUUUGAAAUCUCCUUCCUCCUGCCCGUCGUACCCACCUUCAUGAUCUGGAACAAGUCGGUCAUGAUCCUCUCAGGGCUGCCCGUCCCCGACUUUGUUGAUGGUUUGGCCUCAGAUCUACAAGAACAGCAGCAGCAGCAGAUGGGCCUGUGCCGACAAGAGUCGCCGUACUUGACCGGGAUGAAGACCUGCCACUGAGAAGGAGUCCACUCGGGCCUGGUGACUUACGUUCUGCUCUGAUCUUCAUAACGAGUGGACUGGUCAGUUUUUAUGGACUCAGAGAGAGAUGGAAAUAUGCGCAGAGAAAUGUCAGUUUGUAGCCAUCCAAUGCUUCGCAAAUCCAUAAGUGAAUGGGAACAAGGUCUCUUGACUGAAGACGUCAGGGGCCGUGAAACUCAUCUAAAGUGCUGGAGUCGCUGAGGAUGUGAGCUUUGGUCUGAGUGGACAGAGCAGGACUCCUGGUUUUCUUGACCAUUGAAGGUCUUCCUUUUUGAUUUAUUGUCUUCUUGAUUUGACCCGAGGCAGAAGACCAAGGAGGGAAUGUUUGAAGUGCAACAUGUGAACAGUGACCUUAAUACAUCAUUAAAACUGAAAAGAAGGAGGAGGCAGCCAGAACAUAACCUGAAUAAAAACUUUUUAAAUGUCCAUAUAUCUGUCAUAUCAAGGUUAUCUCAAAAAAGUUAAAAAACUAAUGUCCACCCUGCUGCUGGGACCUCCACAACACUUGAUGUUUAUUUAACCUGAACACUCAUUAACCCUACCAUGCCCUAGUUGAACGUCCCUGUCUUAUCAUGCAUUAACAUGCAAAGAACAAACUACUUACAGCCAAAAUGUUUCUCCUGAGUUGAGAUGCAAACGUGAAGGAGCUCACUCAACUAACAGCAGUCUGAUGACCUUACUCCUCUCGUGACGCUGCAACACAGAAUGUCUCAGCAGCAGCCGCCUAUUUGUUUUCCUGGCAACAGUUAGAAAAAUGUCCCAAAACAUUUCUUCUGCUAAAUGUGCAAGAUGCUUCCAUCUGGCCAACGCAAACACAACCACCCUGUCAACAGGACUCAAUACAUAUCUCAGUCACUGUUCACGUGUUGCACCCUCUGUCCCUGAACGUGGUCGUUGCUCAACUCUGUUCCUUGGUCUUCCUCCUGGUUUUUAACCCCAGCAGCUUCCAGGUUUCAGGAAGUGUUCAUGUUGCUCCCAGAUAUUAAAUAACAUGGUCAUUGGGGAUUCAGAUUUGCAUCAUGUGACUACUCCACUUGUAUAAUAAGAGGUUUAUUGAACACUAGAGUAAAAAAAAAAGUGUUAUUUAUGAGAAAAAAAAGAUGAAGAUGGUUUACUUUUAUUAUUAAUCUCGACUUAUUCAUGCACUUUUUGAUUAACACUACCUCCCCUCUGUGAGUAUUUGAAUAGGUGGAGCGGAGGUGUGAUGGGGGGGAGAAAGUGACGACAGGCACUACUGCUGAUUGUGUUCAGUCAUAUUUACAAAAUAAUUUAUGAUUAUAAUUAAAGAUGGUUACCAGACAUUAACCAUACAAAUGUUAUUGCAAUAAAACUAUGCUUAAACUACUUUUUGUGUUUGCUGGAAACACCUAAUCUGGUCACUCACAGCACUUUGCUGUAAAGUUGAAAAGGUUCUUUCUGUGCUUUGAACACAAGCAGUGACUUUCCCUCCCCAUGCGUCUCUUCAAUAGCGAAUAGUAAACUGAUCUUCUUUAGAACAGGGAUAUGAUUAUGAUGUUGCUCAUGCCAUUUUUAUCACGACGAAAAGAAGAUCAAAUAAUAGCUGUUUUUUCUAUUUAAAAAAAAGUUCACUCUGAUUUCGACUCUUUCAGGGAAGGAGGGGGUUAACACUUUAACUUGCUGUCUGUCACUAUGUCAUGGCAUGAUUGUGUUUUGUGUGAUUUGUUAACACACACACAUGCACACACACACACAAACACCAACACACGUCAUGUUUUUGUUUACGUUGGCCUUGUCGUGAUAAAUGCAUGAUACAUUUUAGGAUCCCGCACUGUUUGACGAGGUGAUUCAAGAAGCUCUUUUCAAUUUCAGCAAAAAAACUUGUCUUCAUCUGAUACAACAACACAACAGGUCAUUCACUCCAUCUGAGCUUUAACUCACGCAUCCACACUCCAUAGUGGCACAGUUGAUGCAGAUGUAGGAAGUUGUGUAGGGAGGCGUUGUGAUAAAGUGACAGUGGAGGUUAAAAAAAGGAAGAAGAUUUACACACCGUCUCGUUUGACACUUCAUGGCCAUUCUUACUCAUUUGUACACAUCACCAGGUUUGUCCUUGAUGUCGACUGUCACGUUUAUAGACGCGCUACGGUUAGUUUGACUUGGGAAAAAACAGGCACACCCUGCAAACACACACUCACGAUCAUUUGCUCCGGACUGCGGUGACUUAUUGACGAGCAAUGGAGAGCUAGUGAAAAUCGGAUACGUCAUGGCCUCCAAGUUUACCUUUCGACCUCCAGCGUUCGUUUGGGGCCACGGCGUGACGCAUCCAUCAUGAGGGAUCGGUUUAGGUUCUGAUCGCCUCAGUGCUUCUGGCCACAGAGAUAAUCCACUGGUUGAAGGUAACGCGGUGGCAGCUCCAGUAUCACAGAAGGGCUAUUUUUCCUUCAGGCAGAUCUGUGGAUGUUUCCUGACUUCCAGACAUCCGCCCAUCUAACGGAAUAAUGUCGGACACAAGCUUCAAAAAUGAAAAAUCGUGGGGAAAAAAGUGUUGAUUUGUGAUCCGGACUGACAAGCUCAAGUCAUCUGUGCAAGUGUGCUUGGCUGGGUCACUGCAUGAUUACGUGACCUUGCUGCAGGUUCAUAACUCUUCUACCUUCAUGAUGAGGUUUCUUAUCUCGAGUCAAACAUGUUCUCUCUUUUUACCCCUCAAAAAGAAAAAAAAUUACAUGAAGCGUCGAUUGCCAUGCAUAUCAGACCAUUUGCAGUGCUCUUUCUUUCUUUGUGUCACAGUUCAAUACAGUAAAAUAUAUACAGUGAAUGAUUUUCAAUAGCUACCCACUCCUUGUAGUGAAGUGUAAUACUCUAGAAACAAUGCAAUAGAUUCUUCUGUUUGCUUUUCUGUUUGUGUAACUUGGGAAAUUAUUUUUACAACUCAAAAGAAGUCCUCUCCUUUUGGCAUUUGGACCUUGAUAAACAGCACAAGAAGAGCUGGCUUUGCUUUCAUGCAAGGCUUCCUGUUUCCAUAGAUAUAAUUUCAGCCAGAGAGGAAUGUAAAUCAUAGGGGGAAAUAUAUAUUAUAUAAAGUUGUAUAAUAUACAAAAUAUAUAUGAACCAAUGUUAUUUAUGUGAAUUUAAGUCCAAUUAAAAGUCUGCUCCCAGA